AUGGAGAAAGAAUACUAUUCUGCUCAGAAGAAAAUCAAAGAGCUCAAUGGAAAACUAGAAACAGAAAAACAAUCAGACUCAGGAGAAAAACAACCAGACUCUGCAGUUAAAGGGAAUGUUGAGGAGGGGCUCCUGAAGGAGAAGCAAGAAUUAUUGCAAGCUAUUCAGAAACUGGAAGAUCGCCUGGUAGGCCAGAAGGAUAUCAACUCGAGACUCCUGUCCGAGAUAGAGAAAACGAGAGAGGAGAAAAGAAAGGAGGCGGAACGGAUCAAUGAGGAGAAGGAGAGGGAAUUUAAAAUCAAGACCGAUCAAUUGAAGACUAAAUUAGACUUACAGACUGCCAAACUGAGGAAAGAACAUUCAACAACAGAAAUACUGAAAGCCGAGUUCACUUCGAUAAGACGAGAGCUUGAAUCGCAAAUUGCUGCACGGGACGUCAAAAUUGAGGAACUUAGGAGGCACAUUCGGACCGAGAUUGAGGUAAAGCAAGAAGUCAAGGAGGUAGAAAGUGAUAUGGAAGGCGAUCAAGGGAAAGACGACCGCAUUGAAAACAGUCCUGAAAUUCGAGAAGAACUAAGAAGGAAAGAGAGCGAAAUUCGUGUGCUUGGAAAUGCACUCACCGACGAGAACAAGAAGUUUGUCGAUCUCCAGGCUUCUUUAAAGGAACGGGAGGUUCAGUUGACUAUGCUCCAGGAAGACUUCCUAAGUCGUGAACAGCUUCUCGAAGACGCCACCGAUUCCUGCCGACGACUGAAGCGCCAGAAAGGCGACCUCGAUGAACAGGUGCAGACUCAAAACUCAGAGAUCGUUAUCCUCCGCGAGUACCUUGCCAGUCGAGAUCGUCGUAUCGUCCAGAUGGCCGCCGACCUCUCUCGCCGUGAUCGUCGAAUCAUGACGCUCCUUACGGAUCUCCGAGAGCAGUCGUCAUCCAAAUCAGUUACUACGGACGCGAUGACGAAUACGAAUAACGUAAGGGAUAUGUCAUCGUUGUCGUCUUCGACGUCGGCUCUGAUGUCGACGGGAAAGACCGAUGGGGGAUCGCUGUCAGAUCAGAGCAGUGACGAUCGCAAUGACAGUAUGGACGAGGCGACGAGCAAUCUCGGAAAACAGCUCCAGAAGCUGAGGCAGUAUAAAUCAGAUGCCGAACAUCUUACCCGUACUCUUCAAGGAGAACUCGAGGCAAGCAGAAGACGUGUCGCCGAGGUGCAGCGACUGCAGGCUGAGAGGGAUGAGCUACACGAGUAUGUCACGAAUGUAGAAAAGACCACGGGAAUGGAAGAUCUUUCUCCUAACACGGAUAUCAUAAAAAGAUUGCAAAUAGUAUUCCAAACCAAAGAGAAAGGAUUUACCACAGAGCUUGCCGCCCUGCAGGAAGCAAAUCGCGAUGUGGAGGGGGCAAUAAUAAAAGAGAGGAAAGAGGCAACUGCAUGCAUAGACAACAUGACUUUGGAGGAGAAUGAAAGGUUGAAGCUGGACUUGGAGAGUUAUCGCACAGAAUUAACGAAUUUGAGCGAAGAACUAAAUCGAAAUCGUCAGACUGCGCAGACUCAGAUUGAUAGUCUUACAUCCUUAUUGGCCAGCUACAAACAACAUAUCGAUUCUCAACAGCAGCUCCGUAAAGAUGCCGAUCAGAUGGUGGGUCAUUACAUAUCAGAGAAUACUCAACUCAAAGCGCGGCUAGACCAGUCCACCUUGGAACAUGAAAAUAUGGCCAAAGAGCUAGCGGCUGCUGAGAAGCUAAAGAGUUACUGCAUGCAGGAGAAGGAGAGACUGGAGAAAGAAUUUGAAGAAUUGAAAAGAAAAUUAGAUUUCAUCAAGAGUGAUAACCUGACAGAGCGAGACCAACAAAAGACAGUGGUAGAAGACUUGUCGCAAAAGUUAGAACAGAAGUGUAACGAACUAUCAACGACGUCCAACAACUUGGAGCAGGUGUUGGUGCAAGUCGGGCAUGCAUCGGAGCACACUCAGGAGCUCAGCCGGCGGCUCGGCGAGAGGGAAGACGAGAUUCAUGAACUCAACGUCCGGCUGCUGCAGCUCGACGGACAGCGUAACAGGAUGGAAGCGGAGAAGACUGUGAUGGAGAACCAGCGCGAUGCUAUAUUGCACAAGAUUGAAGACUUGGAGGCGGCCCGAACCGAGUCCAAAGAAACGUUAUUUCAGAACGAAGGCAGAACGGAGGAACUUACGAAAGAAACCACGGACCUCAAAAUGCGUCUCACCUGUGAGAUGAACAACUAUGAACAUCUCAAGACGUUGCAUUUGAAUUUGGUAGAGAAGAACAGAAGCAAUAUCGAGCAGAUUCACCAACUCCAGACUGAGAUGGUCAAUCUGAAAGGUCAAUGGGCCAUCAGGACAAAUGACCUUAAGAAGAUGAAGGAGAAGAUGAAGGAAAUCAAGGACCAGUUAGAAAACGAAAUAAAGUCCUACCAGUCCCAAUCCGAUGACAUGACGUCACGAAUCGAUGAACUAGAACAACUGCGGGAGGCAGAUCGUAAUAUGUAUGAAGAGAUGAAAAAAGAGCGAGACUGGGAACUCGAGAGCAAAGACGACGCAGAAGAGAGGUGUCGCAAAUCUGAAGAAAAGAUAGAGAAAUUACAAAAGGCAUUGAAGCUUCGGAGGAAGAAGAUAAUCAAGCUAGAACAAGAGCGGUCAAAUCGGGCAACGCAAGAGGUAGAGACGAGCAGCACAGUUAACCCUGUCGAAACUGAGGAGAGGGGCCAACAAAAUCGAAGUCGGGAAGAACGCGUCAGUGACGAGACCCUACAGCAACAGCAACAGCAGCAGCAACAGCAGCAACUCCAACAAUUCCUACUACAACAGGAGUUGCAGAGGAAUCGCGCCACACAUAUCACACAUGAUAUCGCUGAGCUGCAAGAAUGCCUGAAGGAUAGCCGAUCGAAGCUUGGUCAGCUAACCGAGACCCAGGAAGCCCUCUACGAGGAGAACGAGUGGCUCACUCACGAGUUGGAAACGAUACAUGCUGCCUUGGAGGAUGAGAGGACACACAACCAAGAAGCAGCUGGAAAGAUGAAGAAAGUCAUCAGUGAAUUGAAGCGCAAACGUGUUGAAUUGCACAAAGCGAAGAGGAAAUUUCGAUUUCGAUCACAAGCUGCUGAAGAAACGAUGUCGACAUUGAAUCAAACUGAGAAGAUUCGAAAUGAUCUUAGCCAGGAGAACGCACAUCUCGUCAUAACAUGCAGAGAGAAAGAUGCCCAAAUCACGUUAUUACAUGAAAUAAUCAAGUCACAUCAAGAUAAGACCAAAGAGCCUGAUGCCAGUGUUGCGCCUGAAAUCAUUUUCAGAGAUUGCGAGCAUGACAGUCUUAUACGAGAACUGGAGAGAAAGCUAGAGGUGGCCGAGAGGGAGAUCCAUUCAAUCAAAGCACUGAAUUGUCGGUUAAAUAUCGAUAUGCAAGUAAAAUGCGAUUCUCUAAGCAACCAGAAAGCAGAAUGCACCCGUCUCCAAGCCGCUACCUGCGAUCUGCAACAGGAUAACUGGGAUUUGAAACAAAAGCUCAGUGACGUCAAACAUAAACUUCAGACGGAGAAACAACUCCGAAAACUUCUCGAGCAGAGAUAUGAUGACGAACUGAAUGACAUCAAAAUGAAGACCACUUUACUGGAGGACCAUGAGAAAGAGAGAGGAGUUCUUCAGAGCAAGGAAAUCCAGAGAAAGUUGUCCAAACUGGAGCACCGUCUUCAAAAACAAGAAGUCCAACCAGUAAACAUCUCGGACGACCAGAGAGAGAUCCGUGGUUUGAAGAGCGAGAUUGCAAAGCUUGGCUCCCUUCGUGAUCUGGACCGUGAAGCGCUUGAUGGACUCACCGCCGACCUCGGGGCCAUCAAAGGUUUGAUGACAUCUGAGAUACAACAAGCAACCAAUCAAAACAGCGCUGACAAGUUAUGUCGGCCAGAGUCACACAGCUCUCGCGUCCAGCAAGCUCUCAGGAAGGCGGAGCUUAGUGCUAUCAGGACGACGUCAUUUCCAAGCACCCAAUCAGAAACCAAUAUUCUGCUCGCACAAUCCGACGAUUUGGCAGACGUUGCAACAUCGGACAGUUGA